AUGUUUCAGUUUGUUCUGGUUUGUUCUCUGAAAUGAAUUUCGUUAUCAUUCUGCUAUGUCGUUUUAUGACUUUGUGUCUGGUGAGUCGUGUAAAUAAAUAAAAAUGCACGUUUGCAGUUGCCUAUUACCGUAACCGAGCUUUGUUCAAGUCGGUGAAGGUUCGUCAGCAUUGUACUACCAAGAAAUACAGUGAUACUGAAUUGUGUCGCGUGCUUUCCAACGACUGUGCGAAUCGGUUCGGUUCAUCACCGCUCAACGUUAUAUAUUUCCUUGAAUGAAAGUGAGAUUUCUCUACGAACAUUUCUAAUAUUGCAAUUGUUAUAACAUAUCCGGGCAAAUGGCGGAUAAGGCUAUAAUGAAGCAAAUUGCUGAACAAAAGCUUAAGGCUUUUUCGAUUGGUACAAUGGGUAAACGCCCAUUGAGUAAAAAAGAAUUGGAAGAGCAACGCAAAAAGGAACAGGAGCAAGCUGCGGCUCAAGCAUUUGAAGAAUUUGUGGCAACAUUUCAAGAAACACCUAGCAAAACAACCAAUAAAGUUUGGGUUAAAGCAGGAACAUAUGAUGCAGGCAAAAGACAAGAAGAUACAAGAGAAAAGGGAAAGCUUUAUAAGCCACAGUCAAAAAUUUCAGAACUACUUGAUAACAGAUCAUCAGCUGAACAGGCUCAAGAAUAUGCACGACUACUUGGUACAAAUGAAAGGAAGAUGGACAGAUUGGGAAAGAAGAAGAAAGAAGGUGAGAAGAAGAAGAGCAAUCUUGAAUUAUUCAAGGAGGAGUUGAAAAUGAUACAAGAGGAACGUGAAGAGAGGCACAAAUAUAAGGGUGUGGUAAAGACUGUAAUAUCUGCACAAUCUGAAGACCCAAUGCUGGCUGCUUUGAAAUGUGUGGAAGAUGGUUCAUUCGACAAUGGCGAUCCAAAUACUACAAACUUAUAUCUAGGAAAUUUGAAUCCAAAAAUCACCGAGCAACAACUGAUGGAAAUAUUUGGAAAAUAUGGGCCAUUAGCUAGUAUAAAGAUAAUGUGGCCACGCAGUGAUGAAGAGAAAGCCAGACAAAGGAACUGUGGUUUCGUUGCAUUCAUGAGCCGUAAAGAUGGAGAACGGGCACUGAAAAAUCUCAAUGGUCGCGACAUAAUGCAGUAUGAGAUGAAGUUAGGCUGGGGAAAGAGUGUACCAAUUCCGCCUUACCCUAUUUAUAUUCCGCCCGCUUUGAUGGACAUCACGCAGCCACCACCUCAGUCUGGUCUUCCGUUUAAUGCUCAACCGCAUCGUCGCGACAGACACAAGAUACCACGUAUCCGCAACAUCCAGACCGCGGACCCGCAGGAAAAGGAAAACUUUGAAAAGGUUUUGCAGAAUGCUGUUGUCAAAGUGGUUAUACCAACAGAAAGGAACUUAGUCAUGUUAAUACAUAGAAUGGUGGAAUUUGUAAUACGUGAAGGACCAAUGUUUGAAGCAAUGAUUAUGAAUAGAGAACUGAAUAAUCCAAUGUUCAGAUUUCUAUUUGACAAUUAUUCCGCCGCACACACUUAUUACCGCUGGAAAUUAUAUUCUAUUUUACAAGGAGACGGACAAAAGGAGUGGCACACGGAAGAUUUUAGAAUGUUCAAAGGUGGAAGCGUAUGGAGACCACCACCGAUCAACCCUUGGACACAAGGAAUGCCGGAGGAACUCAUAGAAAUGGAAGAGAGACAAGAGCCUAGAAGGGGUAGCCUUUCAAACAGUCAGCGAGAUCGUUUAGAAGAUUUAUUGCGAAACAUAUCACCUGAACGAAUAAAAGUUGCAGAAGCAAUGGUAUUUUGUAUAGAACAUGCAGAAGCGGCAGAGGAGAUUUGUGAUUGUAUUUCAGAGUCGCUAUCGAUAUUACAAACUCCAGUAAAUAAAAAAAUUUCAAGAUUAUACUUGAUAUCUGAUAUAUUGCACAACUGUGGAGUUAAAGUGACUAAUGCUACUAUAUAUAGAAAGGCGUUUGAGACACGUCUUCUAGAUAUCUUUAACGAAGUCCACCAAGCAUAUAAACAAUUUGAUAGUAGAUUGAAGGCUGAAGGAUUCAAAGUUCGUGUUAUGCGAAUGUUCAGAGCAUGGGAAGAUUGGGCAGUGUACCCGAGAGAUUUUUUAGUUAAAUUACAGAAUACUUUCUUAGGACUUGUUUUGAUGGACGAGCCUGAGCCGGAAAAUGAUGAAGAUAUCGAUGGUGCACCAUUGUCAGAUGUUGACGGGGAUGGUACUGAAGACUUGGAUGGAGUACCGUUGGAUGGUGCUGCUUUGUUGAAAGGUGCUAUGAAACAUGGCCUCACACCUCAAGCGACUUCAAAUUAUGACGAUAUCGAUGGAGUGCCAAUGGAUGAAGACAUCGAUGGAGUGCCUAUGGACGAUGACGACAGCACGAAUGCACGAAACAAAGAAGAUGAAAAGAAAUCGUCAAUGCCGGCUGGAUUUGUUCCUUCGCGAUGGGAAACUGUCGACCCUGAUCAGGUGGAAGCACAGGCAAUGACCACCAGCAAGUGGGAAGAGUUAGGUCAAAAUGAAGAUUCUAAUUCCCAAGAUACUAGUAUGGAUUCUAGCGGCAGAGAUUACAAUGAGGAAAGGCGAAACAGAUUGCGCGAAAUCGAAGUAAAAAUCAUGCAAUAUCAAGAUGAAUUAGAAAGCGGUAGAAGAACGUUAAAAUCUGGUAUGACGAUACAAGGCCAAGUGGAACACUACAGAAAGAAACUUAUAAGAAAGAGCGAGAGAGAGAUGAAAGAUUUAAAGAGCGAAGAACGUGAUGAUGAUAAACGAAGAGAAAAGAAACGGAGCACAACGCCGGAAUCUCCUAGUCAUUACAGAGAUCGGAGACGAUCAACGAGUCCAUCAGCAAAGGGCACAAGAUACAGAUCUCGCAGCAGAUCACCGCGCUGCAAACGUAGAUCUAGAUCACCAUAUAAGAAACGUGUGCCAGUUACCCCAUCACCACCUCGCAUUCGACGUACACCAUCGCCUUCCUUCUCCUCAUGCAGAGGAUCAUCACGUAGAUCUCCCACUAGUGAACGUUGCGAUAGGAAAAGACGUAGAUCACCAUCUCUGUCGCCACCGCCGCCUCCGCGUACUUCUUCCUCUAAACAUAGAGCUUGUAGUCCACCUUCUCCUUCCCCGCGUAAACAUAGGCACAAGCAUAAAUAUUAAACCACGAUAUGUUGUUUAAGAAAUUACCUUCUUCGCAGAAAAAUUCGGAUACUCUAUUUUUUAGAGCGUACAACGUUUAUUACCUCACUCUACAUUCACAUUGAUGAGGUAGGUUUUGAUGGAACACUGAACAGACGUGAUUUAUCUUAAUCAUAAUUAUUUCUUCAUGCAACUAUCUCUAUAUCGUCGAAAAAUGUAACUAAUAGAAUUUUUCAAUACUUAAUUAUUUUAAAAUAAAAAUCUUAUUUUUACACUAUAAAAUAUUUCGUAUCAUGUUUUGUGCUGCAUAACAGGAGAAUUCAUAUGUUUCAUAAAACUUUAAUACUUAAGCGCUCACUACUAGUGACUUUCGAUCAAAUUGAUCCGUGCAAGUUUUAUCUAAUAUAUAUAUUUUCUUAUAUAAAAAUAUACGAAUAAAAGAAAAAAGCUUCAUUUAUUACAAUGUAUUAUCAAAUUUUUUUUAAUUUUAAAGAUUUAACACAUAUAUACUUUUUCAUGAGUGCUUAAGCGUUGAAGAUGUAAAAUAUUUUACUGUGGGCUAAAAUUUAUUUUAUAUUGCAUGCGCUCAUUCAAUAUCUUUCAAAUACAUACUCGUUUGAAAAUCAAUUAACAGGAAAAUAUACAUACCGAUAUAAAAUAUUAAGAUAGAAUAAUUUUCUCUCUUUUCAUGAAAAGAAUAUGUCAUAUAUUUGUUAAAUAUCCUGAAAAUAUUUCAGGUCUGAGUGAAGUAAUGUUAUUUGUACAUGUAACAAGACUAUUAUUUUCUUGCAUUGUAAACAUUUCGAAUAAAUCACUUUAUAUAUAUAAAAGAA